AAUUGGUCACCUUUCCCCCCCAGAUUUCCAGAUUUGAGGCACUUCGCACUCCUUACCCAAUUCGUCUUAUCACGCCUUGCGUCACUUCCCCAUUGUACCUCGGAAUUUUCUCUCUCACGACUAUGGAUCCUACUGCUUUUCCCCGAUCGUCUUCGCGUCCAAGGCCUUCAUCCAGGCCCACGACCCCUCUGCGACCGAGUUCCCGGUCGUCAUUACGUGAAGCACAUGGCUAUGGAGGCAGUAUCAGCAACGCAGGCUAUACCCAACCCGCGAUCAAUGCGCUCGAACCACAGUUUGCAGAGCUCGCAGACUCCAUGGCCGAUCUCGAGGCCAACUUUAUGCACCUCCAGUUGAUGCACGAGAGUCUUACGCGCUUCAGCGAGAGCUUUGCUAGCUUUCUUUAUGGCUUAAACAUGAACGCUUUUUGUGUAGAUUUUCCAGAGGCUCCGAUCCCCGUAUCAUUUAAACGCGCCAAACAAGCGGAGGCUCAGAAAGAAGCUGAAGUGGAGCAAAAUCGGCCGGCUAAUGAAGGCGAAACGACAUUCAUGACUACUGACACCACCUUCGUUGAAAAUCCCUCAAGUGCAAUCUCCCCCAAACCGGUACGCAAGACUCCUGCUUCGUCGCGGGGCACCACAAGAGGGUCUAGUACUCGUGGUCGUUAUACAACGAGAGGCACUAGUCGGGCUCGUCCGAGCGCGCUGCCAAGGGGUAGAGGGCUGCGGUGAAUAUCAGUGAUGAAAACUUCAUGAUCCUUCUCGAUGGACCGACUCGUAAGUGUACGAACAUGGCCCUGUCAAUUCCUUGGCUCGUACCAAGGGUACCUAUCGCUAGCCGGCAUACCAUCGGCAUUUCAUGGCGAGACCCGACAAACUCACGCAGCGCAAUGAGCUAGGGGAGUGGUUGAUCCAUGCUAGAGAGUCCAAUCGGGACUUCCCCGGGAGACAAUCUAUUCUAGUCACCAUGCUUUGGUUCCUGACAGACCAACUGCUUGGACAUACGAGGACAGCUCUAUAUAAGGGCUCAAACUUAGAGAGACAUCCGAGUCAGCAAAUUCCUGUACCUAGUACUGCCAUCU